AUGGAGCCAGAUUCAACCAAUUCGUCAUCGGAAGCUGUCUCCCCUCACUUCCCUGCUCCAAAGCGAACCCUACCUCUGCCCGAGGGCCAGCCGAACAGAAAGAAACCAGUGCUCAUGCAGCGUCCCCAAAGUUCUGGCAUCGACGUGACAGGCUUCUCAUUUGCUAGACCAGCAAAUCAACCUAAGGGAUUUACCCUAAAGCCUAUUCCUCGAUUAGCUCAUCAUGGUCAUGCUUCCAUUGAGGAAGUGAGUGCGGCGGAUUCGCAGAAGCAUACGAGACGAGAGAAGCAAAUUCCAUCCAAGUCAAUUGCCGAGCCGGGGCAGCAGAGUCUUGAGCAAUACCUGGAAGAACGUACUCCAUGUCCACAGCCCAAAGAUCACACAGAGCUCGCAAAGGUCUCUCGCAAGGGUUCAAACAUGCCGAGCGCUGAGAUCGCAAGCGCAGGCAAUCCGAGAAAUGCCAAUUUGGCGAAUGAACAGGUCGUCAUAGACCUGGAGCCGGAAAGUGGCACUGCCCUGACCACGCGGGCAAUUGCUAACAGCAGUAUCCCGUCAAAGAACACUGCUCCCCGAGCCACCGUAUCUCGCUCUGCUCAAGAUCGGGUCCGAAAAGUAUCGGCAACUCAGAACCCUCCGUUGCCACGAGGCCCCGCACGAUCUAAGGAUAACCUCCGAGUUUCCAAGCCUCGUCGCGAGAACCGCAAGUCUGCUCUCACCCGACAGCAGAGAUCAAUGUCUAGCAACAGAUCAGGCCUUCAUCAACUCACAGAAGAUACCUUGUUCGAGAUUCUCAUUGGUAGGAUCAGACAGCGCGAGGAGAAUGAGAUUGCGGCUGCCAAUAUCCAGCGUCGAGUUGAAGCACAAAAUUCUAACUUGAAAGAGGCAAACGAUGAUCUCCACCACCAACUUGAGGCGAGUCGCACGCAGUUGCAGAGAAAAGAGGCGGAGAUCAAAAAGCACCAAGCUCGACUGGAAGACUGGAAGGUGAAAAUUCGCAAGUUCAAACAGGUUGUUGAUGAAUUAGGGCAUGAUCAUGAUGUCCUCAAAGAGGAUAAUGACAGGUUCAAGGUCACUACUGCAAGUUUGGAAAAGGAGAAAAAUGACCUCUUCCAAGCUGUUGAGGACACCAAGCUCCAGAUCUCUCGAGCGGAGGGGGCGGCAGAUGAGCAGCGCAAGGAGCUCGCCGAGAAAGAAAAACGCAUUGCUCUGCUACAGCAAGCUUUGGCCGCGGCUGAAGACCAAGAAGAGUGCACUAAAGCAGAGCUUAUCAGCGAGCGCAAUCGCAGUACCACGCUGGAGUCUUAUAUCCAGAACCACGCGCUGACCCAAGCAAAGCAAAUUGGUCUGAUCCGAGACGAUCAGGCAAAGCUCAUGCAAGAUCUCCAUACUGGACUGGAUUCGAUUUCCUACAAUGCAGCCACUUUCAAAACCGACAUUCCGUCAGAAGUCAAAGCAGCUCUCGAUCAGUGUCAUGCUUCCAUCCAGACCUUGAGUGAAAAGUGCUCCACCGAAAAUCUGCAGAUUCAAGCAUUCACAGCUAGCACCCGAGAUGUGGUCUCCCAGAUCGACAACCUAGCAACAAAGCUCACAGAGAAUGUCGAGACUAGCAACAGGGUCAAUGUCGGCAUGUCUAAAAGCGUCGAAGACAGCUUAUACUCGAUCGAGUCGCAUCUUGGCCCCAAUUCCACGUUGUCUCAACGGCUUGCUGACUGUGACACCUCAUACGGAUGGCUAAAAGACAAGCUUAGGGCUGUUGAGCCGACAUUGGCCAAUCUCGGUGCCUCUGUGGAGAUCAUGUUAACUUCUGGGAGCAAUCUUGUUCGACAAUUUGGAGACUUUGGCAAAAGGCUAGAGGAGGCGCAAAUUCCAAAAGACAAUCCGGAGCUGGACAGACAAUUGGCAGAGAAGUUUGCUGAAAAUACGCAGCUCCAACUCGGAGUCCAGAAAUUAUCCUCGGAAGUUGACAGUCUUAGGGAGUUUGCAAGCGCAAAGGACGCAACGAUUGAACAUCUGCAACAAUCCCUAUCAGACGCAAAGCAAAAGCAAAAGGCCUCUGAGGAUCGAAAUCAAGUAUUGGCAAUCGAGAAGACAGCUCUGAAAGGGGAAAUGGAGUUGAGAGAUCAGAGCGUUCGUCACGAAUUGGCUAUCGAGCAUGGCAUCUCCCAAAACCAGAUGAAGGCCCAGUAUGAGCAACGGUUGCAGGCUCUUCACGCAGAAAAGAAUGAGCUUGAAAAGGGUGCUGAUAUUGUAAUGACUCAGCUGAGUGGUGUUCAGGGUGCUUUGGUCGAGGCAAAGCGAUUAGUGGAUGAUCAGAGAACACUGCGCGAAUCAAUGGCCCAAGAGACAGAGCAACGGAUUCAACAGCUCACACAAUCUUGCUCCGAGCACAUGGCUCGAGUGGACGCUCAGACUCUUGAAAUCCAGAAAUACCAAGAAGCCGAAGCAGCUUCGUGUCUGGAAAGAAAUGACCUGCAAGAACAACUCCGGCAGGCCCAGGAAAAAGUCCACGAGCUCGAGCAGACAUUUGUCAUCCCAGCUGUGGAAGAAGAAGGUCCUCGAGUACCGCCGACCAACAUUGUUCCCUUUUCGACUUUUGAAACCCGGCUUUCGCCAUUGCGAGCUACCUCGCCCUAUGGAGACCCAGCGGACUUUGCCAUGCUCUUCAUGUCAGAUGAGCUUUUGCUCUCAACCCCACAUCACAAGAUCAAAGAGGACAAGGAAUCCCCAAGCCGCCAAGAGGAUGUCGUUGAAGACAGCCAGAAGGCGGUCGAUGUCCCUGAUCCUACAAAGGUGUUUGAUAUUCCUCGGGACAUGGACCCGCCCCCAUCGCGAGCCAACAUGAAGCGCAAAGCAGUCAAUUUUGCGGCACAUCGAACAGAUAAUACGGGGAGUAAGAAGAAAGAUGUUGCCAUCACUCGUAUUCCUUCCACUGAGAUCCAGGGCUCGGCACAAGCGGAGAAAGAAACGGAGGAGCAACCUGCUACGGUCACAAAGCACAUCAACAAAUGGACUUACAGUCGGGUUCAUGCUUCGGGGAUCGAGGUCCAGCAGGAACAACCAACACAACCAACACGACCUACACAACCUACAGUGUCCACUCGUGCCACCAAGGGAGUGCAACGAGCCAGCCCAAAGGGUCUGGUCUCUGCCAGUAGCGCCAGCGAACCGGGUGGUCGGUCCAAUACUCGUGGUCGUGGCAAGCGGCGUUCGCGAGGAGACCGCUAUAAUGCCCGAUCUAGCCAGGAAGGCUAA